AUGGCCGCUAAUUGCUUCUUAAAAAAUAAACAUCGCCCAGGCAUAUUUAUUGUUGCGGCAAAACGAACGCCAUUCGGUAAGUUCGGAGGCGCGCUGAAAGAUGUACAUCAAGCAGAUCUACUCGCUGCAGCAGCACAGGACGUGUUCCGAAACAGCGGCAUCGCACCUGCUUUGGUCGACACAGUUAAUGUAGGACAGGUGUACGGGAUAAGUGGUUCCGCGGACGGUGGGUUGUCAGCACGUCACGCAGCCCUGAAGUCAGGGGUGCCGGAGACGCGACCCGCACUCGCCGUGAAUAGACUAUGCGGCUCCGGAUUCCAGGCCGUCAUCAACAGUGCGCAGGACAUACUUACGGGGACCGCGCAAAUCUCUCUUGCAGGUGGAACAGAGAGCAUGUCAUUAGUACCUUACGUGGUGAGAAACGCUCGUUUCGGAAUACCACUUGGUUCCUCCAUAGAGUUUGAAGACGUGUUAGGCAAAGGCUCUGUUGAUACCUAUUGCAAUUUCAACAUGGCGGAGACUGCUGAGAACUUAGCAGAGAAGUUCAAAUUGAAAAGAGAAGAAGUGGAUGAAUUUGCUUUGCUAUCGCAGCAGAGGUGGAAGAAGGCACACGACAGCGGAGUGUUCAAGGCAGAGCUCACACCGGUGACCGUGAAGGUUAGGAAACGGGAGGUAGUGGUGGAUAAAGACGAGCACCCUCGGCCGGAGACCACGGCGGAGGGUCUCGCAAAGCUGCCGGUGCUGUUCAGGAAAGGUGGCGUGCUGACUGCUGGCAACUCAUCGGGUGUUAACGACGGCGCUGGUGCGUUGCUGUUGGCAAGUGAAGAAGCAAUGUGCAAGCAUCAGUUGUCGCCCCUCGCGCGGCUGGUGGGGUGGUCGUACGUGGGCGUGGACCCCAGCAUCAUGGGCAUCGGCCCCGUGCCCGCUAUCGAAAACCUCCUCAAAGUUACCAAUAUGAAACUGGACGAUAUUGAUCUUAUCGAGAUUAACGAAGCGUUUUCGCCUCAGACACUUGCUUGUGUGAAGAGUUUGGGUAUCGAUCAGAGUCGUUUGAAUGUGAACGGCGGCGCCAUCGCGCUGGGGCACCCCGUGGGGGCUUCGGGAGCCAGGAUCACCGCACAUUUGACUCAUGAGCUCAGGCGCCGAGGUCUGAAAACUGCAAUAGGGUCCGCUUGUAUUGGAGGUGGUCAAGGCAUCGCACUUCUUCUGGAGACUGUUUAAAAUAAUUUAAUAAAAUUGUUUAAUUUCAU